CUGCGACUUUUUUCUUUUUGGGAGCGUCACUUUUCAGAGACGCUGCUGUCUGUCUGGAGAAGGUAACAUCAUGGCGUCGGGAACAGGAGAGGCGGUCACUGGGCACGAUGCAGAAUUGGACGAGUUAUUGGACAGUGCACUGGAUGACUUUGACAAGACAUCGGCCCCUCCAGCUCCUGAACCUGCAGCUGCUUCUUCCUCAGCCAGCAGCGGUGCAGACAAGCCACCCCUCCUUGAGGACUGCAAGCUUUUUGAGACUCUCUUUGAGGGGGAAAUGGCUGCUCAAGCCAAGGAUGAGUGGGAGAAGGCCAUGACUGAGCUGGCCCAGGAGGAGCCGGAAUUACUGCAGCACUUCCAGAAACUAUCGGAGGCUGCAGGCAAAGUUGGCACUGACACUGCCUCACAGCAAGAAUUUACGUCCUGUCUUAAAGAAACCCUGCGGGGCUUGGCCAAAAAUACAGACAACCUGCAGUCCACAGGACUACCUGGAGAUGAUCUUGUCAAGGCUCUAGAAGGGUUGGGAUUAGAUGAGGGUGGUGAGGCAGGCAGUGAUGAUGGAAACAUCCUCCCCAUCAUGCAGUCCAUCAUGCAGAAUCUGCUCUCUAAGGAAGUGCUUUACCCGUCUCUCAAAGAGAUCACUGUCAAGUACCCAGAGUGGUUGGAUGCCAACAAGCCCAGCCUUAGCCCAGAAGACUACAAGCGGUAUGAACAUCAGUCCGAGAUCAUGGGAGAGAUCUGUAAGCAGUUUGAGAAGGAGGAAGAGGGGGCAGGGAAUAAAGAGAGCACUUUUGAGAGCAUCAUGGACCUGAUGCAGCAGCUGCAAGACCUUGGUCAGCCACCUAAAGAGUUAGCAGGUGAUGCGCCUCCUGGUUUUAACUUUGACAUGGAGUCCCUCAAUCUCCCUGGUGGCCCUGGGGCUGGCGCGGCAGAGCAGUGUUCUAUCAUGUGAGGAGGUAGUGCUGUCACCCAUCAGGAGCACUGGAGCUGGGAGGUCACUCUGUGUGCAUCAGCAAUAAUGAGGAAGUGAGAAACGGGUGACAAGUGUGUGAAGCAAAGAUCAGCCAGGAGUGUGGCCGUCAUUGCUGUUCUCCCUCAAGCAGACAGUGUGCUGAUGGAGGGAAACACAAAACCCAACGUGAACACACACUCAAUCACACUCUUCUGUGUAAACCCACUGGACGCACAACUGAGAACAUUUAACAUCUCUGCAUUACUUUUCUGUUGCCACUUGGCCUUUGGUUUAGUUUUAACAGCAUUCCUUUAAAAACAUGCCACUGCCGUUUUCCGUUUUCUGUUUUCCUACCGUUCAGCCUCAUGGUAACAUCUACCAAACUACUUCAUGGGUAUAAACGGUGCCUUUGCAAAAUGUCUUCAAGUCAUGAUUUUAGGUCUCAGAAUAGAGUGAAGAUUGUGCAUCAUUCAACUAAGCACUUCAGAUUAUAGUUGUAAAGUAGUAUGAUCACCCCAGGUUUACACCAAGUUAGUGAUUGUUUUUGGUGAUUCAUUAAACUUACAAUUACAUUUUGAUCUGUGUGCAGGCUGUACAGGGUUUGACUUUGUCUUAAAAAUGUAUUAAUGUGUAAAGGAAGUGUAAAAAGUGAGUGUACAUUUGCUAAUUAUUUAAAUAAUUAAAAGACUAGAGAAGAUUGAACACCUCAUGAGAAGUUCCCAGCACCUACUCUAAUUCAGCCAGUUAACUUAACAAGACCCAUUCCUGAGUGUUAUACCCCUGUCCCUGGAAUUGAUUUGAAUGAGGUGAUGAUUCCCCAAUGCUUUUACUGUGUAGUGUUAGUGUGCAAAGUACUUCCGUGUGAUUCCCAGUAUUUUUAAUGUGCAGAGUGAUGUUUUCUUUAGUAUGGUGUCCCUAUUAGGAAAGACAAACACUUGACUAGUGUUUACUGCCUACUAGCACCUGAUAACCUAAUGAAAAGUACGUUAUGUUCUUUCUAUAAAAAGUGACAGCAGAAUGGUAAACCUCAUUGUUUCAAAAGUGGAGGAAAAAACAUGUUUAUAUUUCAUGCAGAUGCGCUUUUUGGCUAGGAAACCAUCAGCCUGAUGUUAGUACAUUUUAGGUGUAGUUGGUGGGUGUGUUUACUCCAGCGGCCACUGUUUGCCAGCUGCUAUUUCUGCUGGACAAAAGUAUACCACUGUCAAUGCAGAGGGAAGUCUAGAAAUCACACAACAACCAGUAACUAUAAUAAAGGGGCACUGCUGUGAAAGGAUCCAGUUGACCUUGUACUGCAAAGAGAUCAAAUUUACAUCCAAUACACACCUGAGGAGGUACAUAAAGGGUUUCAUCGUGAGUGGAGCGGUAACAAAUGCAGCCUGUUAUUUGACACUACAUUGUUUUGUAAAUAUAUUAAAUAAAAUGAUAUAUUGCAAAUUAA